AUGUCGGCAGCAUUCAAAUGGUCUAGCAUCAUGCUAUCUACUACGUUGGGUUAUAUUAUACCAGGGCUUUCGAUCUACAUACUGAUCUACGUGACAUACCAAAUAUUUCUCCAUCCUCUUAGUAGUUAUCCCGGCCUUCUCAUCGCUAAACUUACGGACGGCUACAAUGGCUUCUAUGCUUUUCAAAGAGGACUUCAUUUAAAGACGCGGCAGAACCAGCUGACAUAUGGUGCUGUUGUAAGACAAGGGCCUAAUAAACUUGUCUUCAACUCUAUCAAGGCUCUGCAAGACAUAUACAGGAAUGAUCGCACCACAAAACCCAAGGCAUACAUAGCCUUGGGGCCCGGACUGAGCAUACAAACGACCAUCACUGCGAUAGACCGUCACGUUCACCGAUCAAGGCGCCAAUUAGUUGGACAGGUAGUAUCGGAGCGCUUUAUGCGUAUGUUCGAGCCGACUAUGAUCGACCAAAUCAACCUGUUCAUCCAACAAAUACUUCCAUCUGCCCUGAAUUCAGCUCCAGUCAACAUCACCGAACGAUCUAAAAACUUGGGGCUUAACAUCGCCGGUCUCCUCGGAUUCGGAUACGACCUGGGCCUCCAGACAAGCGAGGAGAACAGGUUCAUGUUUGACAUGCUUCACGCCGGGUCGCUCUGGAGCAGCAUCUUUUUGCAGUGGCCCAAUGCCCGAAGGUUUCGGCUUGGGUUGAUUAGCCUGCGAGUUUUCCGUCAAUUGAGAGGGAAGUAUCUCUCCGUGGUGGAGAAGAUGAUCGCUUCUCGCCAAAGACAGGAUAAGGACGCUCAGCGUGACCUGUAUUCUGUUCUUGCUGACGCACUAGACUCCGAGAACGGUGGUCUGCGACAAAGUGAGCUUUGGGCCGAAGCAAAUCUCUUCCUGGUGGCAGCUGGUGACACGGCAAAAACAGCACUCUGUGCUGUCUUCUUUUACCUGUCACGUAACGACGACUGCUACAAGAAACUUGCUCAUGAGAUUCGAUCUACAUUUACCGUCGGGAGUGAGAUCCGAGGUCCAGCUUUGGCCGCCUGUCGUUAUCUACGAGCUUGCAUUGAUGAAGCCCUACGGAUGUCCCCGCCUGCGGCCGGAGUACUCUGGAGGGAAUCCCUUCACACAGCUGGCGAUUUACCUUUCACCGUCGACGGGCACGUCAUCCCCGGGGGUACUCUGGUAGGCGUGAAUAUUUAUUCCGUCCAUCACAUCGCGGAGUAUUUCCCCGACCCCUUUACGUAUCAACCGGAACGGUGGCUAGAUAACACUAUGCCCACGGAGAAGAAAAGAAUCAUGCGCGACGCGUUCGUUCCAUUCUCGCUCGGCCCCCGAGGAUGCGCAGGCCAGGCUAUGGCAUAUUCGGAGAUUUCUCUUGCCGUUGCUAAAACGAUGUGGUAUUUUGACUUUGAGCGUGCGAAGGGUCGCUUAGGUGAAAUAGGAGCUGGAGCACAAGGGGCGGGCGAGGGAAGGGAACAGCCAGGGGAGUUCCAGUUACUUGACAACUUCACCGCAAGUCACGAUGGUCCUUAUCUAACGUUUCAUUGUCGAGAGAACCUAUAUGAAGAUCUAAACAACGCGGAAUCAAGAGAGGGCUGA